GUGAAUGAGAUCAAAGGUGUUACUACUCUUACUGGGACUUGAGUUUCCCUCUUUAUAAUCUUCAAUAUUAGACCAUAUUUGUUUCAUUUUUCUGACUGAGUUUGUUCGUCCACUUCUAGCCUCUGGGCUGUUUAUUUCUGAACAUUCUUCUGUCUUGUUGCCGGUUCUCUGGCUGAGUGUAGUAUAUUGCGUCAUGGGCGGACUUAAGGAAGACAUAGCAUUUGACCCGCCUUGCCAUCCACGAGCUUGUGCAAUACAAGCAUGUCUCACGAAGAACUCGUACCAGGAGGAGAAAUGCCAGUCCCAGAUCAAUGCCCUCUAUGAGUGCUGCAAUGCCUUCUACAAGGCGCGAGGAGAGGACGCAAAGACUCCAAGCUGUCCCAAGCCCAACUUGCUGCGUCUGAAGAUGAAGCAACGGGGUAUGGAGCCAUAGCUUGCCUUGGUAAGGGAUUUCGUGUUUUAACAGAGAUCUACGGAUCAUGUACAUACUACCAAUCAUACUUUCGUCGUCCAUAGAGUAGAGACCAAUUCAUCGAGGUCCUUAGAACAUGUCCGGUUGUUGCCGAAAGAAAGUGGCAGUGAUAGUCUUAGUAGUCAGUCCAUCUCAGAUAAAUCUGAAGCUGGAAUGUGACAAUUCCCUUGCAGUCUGAGCUCCCAUGCUGAGUAAAGAGCUAGGCUAGUUGUGAAAAUUGCCAAAUUUCUCUAAGACAAUCUUGAGCACGCAAAGAGGCCGAUUGACCUGAACGAAGAUUGAAGCGCUCGUUCCGAGACUCUAAUGAUUGCCUAU